AUGAACAAGCGUCUGUUUUCAGGGGUUGCUUUCUCGCUAGCGAGGAGAGCCUUGCAUCUCUCUAGGGUUUUCUUCGUCCACGUCCAGCUGUUGUCGUCCCUCAUCGUCUUUACUAGUGUUGUUUGUCGUCGCCCUAUUGCAGCCUGUGUUGGGCCGGUUCGUUGGCGUCGCUUAGGGAUUGUGCUACGGGCUUUAUGCCCUAACGUCAAACUCUUGUCUAGUUUCUUUUUGGAGUCGACUGUUGGUGUUCUCGUUUUCUUUAUUGGUCUGUGUGUGGUGCCCUUGGACAGUAUGGCCUUUAUGCAUUCUAGGAUCUUAGGUGUUGGGCAUGAUUUUAGGCAGCUAGGGUUGUUGGUUGAGCUCUAUGUUCCUCUCUCAACGGGUUCUGUCGUGCUGGGGCUUUGGGAUUCGGGUGGUGAUCGAGAUUUUAUUGUUGUUGAGCAAUUUAUCUGCAUAGACGAGUUUAUUGCUAAGGUGAUGGAGGCUAACCUCGAGGGGUCUCCCAAUUCUCCCCGAUGUGUUCACAUGAACGUUUAUGGGCUUGGCAUCUGA